AUGGAUGACAAGCCAUUGUGCCUGCUAGCUUUAGGUCAGCAAUAUGGGUCGAGUUUAGCUACUAUUACUCGUGUCGCUAACAGCUGUCUAGACGGCGGGGGCAUUCGUGGACUCUCUGAGCUCCUUAUUCUUGAGGAGGUUAUGGGGAGAAUUAAGCACGACCUGGACAUGGCCGACGAUCCUCUACCGGCCGACUUCUUCGACCUUAUUGGUGGGACAUCCACUGGAGGCUUGAUCGCGCUGUUGCUAGGACGGGUGCGUUUGUCGGUACCUGAGGCCCGAAAGGAGUAUGAGAUCUUCUCAGUCAAAACCUACCUCAAGAGCAGCAAGUUCGACAGCUGGACCCUGGAAAAAGCGGUGAAGUCGCUCCUUGGACGCCGCCUUGGGAAUGGCGAGAAAAGAAUGCUUGACCGUUCAAAGUCCUCCUGUAAAGUGUUUGUCUGUGCCGUACCGCAGCAAGACGUUCGAUCCCGGAACGGUCCUAGGCUAUUCCGGACGUAUACUAUACGCAAUAACCCAACUUUCAACUGCACAAUCUGGGAGGCCUGUCGUGCGACUUCUGCAGCACCUACGUACUUCGAUCCAAUCGAAAUCGGAGAAGAGUGGGAACGGGAGGCGUUCGUUGAUGCCGGGCUCGGAUAUAACAACCCUAUCGAACAGGUACUCGAGGAGGCGAGACUUGUCUUUCCCGGACGAAGAAUUGCUUGCAUCGUCAGCAUCGGAACCGGCCUGGCUCGCGUCCUUAAGUUUCCCCCCUCCCCACGGACAAACCCUCUGAAGUUGAUAGAAGCGCUCAAGACCAUGGCCACAGAGUCUGAUACGACGGCGGAAAGAGUGCAGAAGCGGUUUCAAAACAUCAAAGACACGUACUUGCGUUUCAGCGUUGAUCGCGGUCUUAAUGACAUCAAGCUGGAAGAGUGGGAGAAUCUAGGCGAGGUCCGCACAUAUACAACCGGAUAUCUAGAACAGGAUACAGUAUCUUCCUGCAUCGAUACGGUAGUCGUGGCGUUACUAGCGUCUAAGGCGGGGCAGGGUCAGGGUGAAUCAACUACCCAAGCCCAGAUUUCUGGCUCGCAAUCGGUCGAGAUGGGUGGAUCUCAAAGACAGCCUCAGAUGAUGAGGUGGCGGCCCGAUAGGCCCAUUCCCAGCUUCCCACUCCGUAUCGAGGCCAUUGCGGAUACCAGUACGUAA